GGCUAACUCCACACGUGCGGCGGACCCAGCCUAACCGGAGGACGGCGCCCAAGUUCCGCCAGUAGUGAGGCCCUCGAGCUCUGGCGGCGACGCGGCCCCACAGGGGCGGGCUCCCAUUGGCGCAGUCCGGGCCCGGCAAGGGAUUGUGGUCCGAAAUGGCACGGGCGGGGGCCGGAUGCUCUUGGGGGUCCGGAAGGCCGGGAGGCGCGGUUGAGGAGGGCAGGAAGCGGGCUGUGGGAGGCUGAGGGCGGAGUCUCGGCCGGCAGGGACUGGCUGGCGCCCGCUAGAGGCGGACCCGGCCCCGUCCAGCCCCCGCGUCACCAUGGUAGCGGGAACGCAGCUCUCAAGCCGCCUUCAGAGGCCGGCGGGUCCCAGAAAGGCUGCGGACUGAGAUGCUGAAACUGACAGAGCAAGGAUUUAAGAGGUUUGGGGAUUUAGCUUUGUAAUGUGUCCGUGGGAUGUACAUUUGCACAUUCUUCUUCUUCCUGUUUUAAGGCGGCUCUGAUUCAGCGCUUCCAGAUGCUCUGAAGAUGGGGACCCCAGUGGUUAUGAGAGUGUGUAACUCGAUGCCAGCAGAGCCCUCUCAACAGCUGCAGGCCUAUGUGGCCUGGGUGAAUGCGCAGCUAAAGAAGAGGCCGACAGUGAAGCCAGUGCAGGACCUGCGGCAAGAUCUGCGGGAUGGCGUGAUCCUGGCAUACCUCAUCGAGAUUGUUGCAGGAGAAAAGCUGAGUGGUGUACAACUGAGUCCCAGUAACCAACAAGAGAUGAAGAGUAAUGUGGAGAAAGUGCUGCAGUUUGUGGCUUCCAAAAAGAUUCGUAUGCACCAGACUUCGGCUAAAGAUAUUGUGGAAGGAAACCUGAAGUCCAUCAUGAGGCUGGUCCUUGCUCUGGCAGCUCAUUUCAAACCUGGCUCUAGCAGGAUGGUGAGCCAAGGACGGGAUUCCAGGGCUCCUGUGCAGAGUCACCAGCCACACUGCGCUGCUGCUGUGGCCCAGGGAGCAGCUGCUGCUCUGGCCGAUGUGUGUCACGACGUGUCCCGGUCGGGAAGGGAUGUCUUUCGCUACCGGCAGAGGAACAGCAGCAUGGAUGAGGAGAUUGAGAACCCAUACUGGAGCGUGCGGGCACUGGUCCAGCAGUAUGAAGGGCAGCAGAGGUCCCCGUCUGAGUCGAGCUGCUCCAGCCUGACUUCCCCCAGUCCCAUCCACAGUGCCAAGAGUGAGUCCAUUAUAACUCAGUCGGAGAAGGCCGAUUUUGUGGUUAUUUCACCUGAAGGACUAGCGAACAGAACAGAGGAGGCAGAUUCUCCAUUAUCUCGAGACUGGAGGCCAGGGAGCCCUGGAGCCUAUCUGCAGACCCCAUGGGAAGAACAGCUGCUGGAACAACAGGAACAUCUAGAAAGAGAAAUGGAAGAAGCAAAGAAAAUGAUAUCAGGACUACAGGCCUUACUGCUCCAUGGGUCCUUACCGGAAGAUGAGCAGGAGAGGCCGCUGACUCUCUGUGAGCCAGGAGUGAACCCCGAGGAGCAGCUGAUCAUAAUCCAAAGUCGCCUGGAUCAGAGUAUGGAGGAGAAUCAAGACCUAAAGAAGGAGCUGUUGAAGUGUAAACAGGAAGCCAGAAACUUGCAGGGGAUAAAGGAUGCCUUGCAGCAGAGAUUGGCUCAGCAGGAUACAGCAGUUCUGCAACUCAAACAAGAACUAUUGAGGGCAAAUAUGGACAGAGAUGAGCUGCACAACCAGAAUGUGGAUUUGCAGAGGAAGCUAGAUGAGAGGAAUCAGCUCUUGGGAGAAUAUAAAAAAGAGCUGGGGCAGAAGGAUCGCCUCUUGCAGCAGCACCAGGCCAAGUUGGAAGAAGCACUCCGGAAACUCUCAGAUGCCAGUUACCAGCAGGUGGAUCUAGAACGGGAGCUGGAGCAUAAAGAUGUCCUUUUGGCUCAUUGUAUGAAGAGAGAGGCAGAUGAGGUGACCUACUGCAGUAGUCACAACUCUGAAAGCAAUGGUUUUCUCUUUCCAACGGCAGGAAAAGGAACUGCUUCCAUCACCCAUAGAGGGAGCAGUGACCUGCAGCUGGUUCGUGAUGCUCUCCGCAGCCUGCGCAACAGCUUCAGUGGCCAUGAUCCUCAGCACCACACCAUUGACAGCCUGGAGCAGGGCAUCUCCAGCCUCAUGGAGCGCUUGCAUGUCAUGGAGACACAGAAGAAACAAGAAAGAAAGGUUCGAGGCAAGUCCCCCAGAACUCCAGCAGGUGGUGAAUACCGGGACUCCUGGCCCCCGCAUUCAAAAUUGCCUCAUUCUCAGAGCUCUCCAGCUGUCAGCAGCACCUGCACUAAAGUGCUCUAUUUCACUGACCGGUCACUUACGCCCUUCAUGGUCAACAUACCAAAGAGGUUGGGGGAAGUGACGCUAAAGGAUUUUAAAGCAGCUAUUGACCGGGAAGGGAAUCACCGGUAUCACUUCAAAGCGCUCGAUCCCGAGUUUGGCACUGUCAAAGAGGAGGUUUUCCAUGAUGAUGAUGCCAUCCCUGGAUGGGAAGGGAAAAUUGUAGCCUGGGUGGAAGAGGAACAUGGAGAGAAUUAAUGCUGAGUAUUAGCUCAGGGGCUUGUGGAACCAAGUCACUCCCUGGCUGCUUCACUCAGGAAGGAGACUAAAACCAUAAUACACAGAGAUAUUUCUAGUCUGUGUGGCUAAAACUGAAGCUUCUCCAAGUAUAAUGACCAUCAGGCAGUCCUGUCUGUGUGCCUGACUUAUCUGGUACUUAAUAUCCCCAUCCAAAUGUAUGUCAUGGUUUCACCUGGAGUUCCUUGUCAGUGGGAACACAGCGUUCUACUCUGAGGACAACAAACCGAAGGCCUUAACCAACGGGGAUGGAUGAUCUCGCUCCUGUAGGGGCAUGGCUGCUAUUACCUGGAACCUGAGAAUUGGAUGCAUCACUCCUGUGUGUGACAGUAUUAUUUGGCCUUGAUGGUUACAGCAAUCAGAGUCCCAGCAUUUGUACUUACAGCCAAGACAAAGGUACCAGCAUUUCUGCUGCUUUGCAGCUAUCACAAACCAAGAAUAAAUGAAGAAGUGGUACCAAAGAUGAGGGCCCACUCUUCAGUAACACUUUGAACUGGACCUGGAUGGUGCUGAACUGUUUAUUGGAUGGAAAAAGGGCUGCCCAUUUUGUGCUAUACUGUGCUACAACCAUAAUUAAAUAUGAUUUUGUGCUGCCUUUCCUCGUCUUGGCUGAUUUGGCAGCUUGUUCUUCAACCCAUAUGGGGGCAUAUUUCAUGGACUGCUAGCUAUCUCUAGGGACUAUUUAACUUUAGAGUCAUUUAUUUUUAUUCGAACUGAUAAACUCUUUGUGUUUGAAAGGAAUAAGGAGUGAAUGUCUCCUCAAACAUCCAGGCGGGUAUGGAAAGGUGCUGCUACCCAUAUCAUCUUGACUUUGUCUCUUGACUUUUCUUUGGCUCAUGACAUCUCUUUUACAGCUAAAAGAAGACAGACUAUUAAGUUCAGCAUUUCCUUGUGAUUUAUGAGAACUGAGCAUGACUUACUGGUCUGGAAUCCUCUUUCAAGGCUGGAUUUAUUUCCUAUUAUGUAUUUAGUGUAGGUUGAUUCUUUUGGGCAUAA